ACCACUGCCAUUCUACCUACCACUGGCACACCAUACCACAAGCCACCCCAUCAUGGCAUCAUCAGCACUCCCAAUCCCCCGCGGCACCUUCACCCAUCUCUCCCGCCAACUCCAGCAAACCCGCCGCCACGCCUCCUCCACCACCAUACCCGCCACCCCGUUCCCCGCCGGCCUCUUCAAACCACCUUCCUCAAUAAUAGCCCCCUGGAAAACCAUAACCGGCGCCCGCGAAUGGCAAACAAGCACCUACCACUACAACCCUCAAACCGCCGCCACCCUCCCCACAGCCGCGGUAACAGCCACAAACCUCCUGAACAACUACGCCACCAUGAUCCGGUCUCGCGGGUUAGCAUCCACCGGCUCGAGCGGGACGGCGAGGUCUGCGGUGGCGAUGCGGAGGAAGUCGUUUGAGAAGGUGUAUGUGGGUGGGAUGGGGGUGAAGGAUUUCGGGGACAGGGUGGUGGUGGACGCGUUUGUGUUUGAUGCUGUGGAGGCGGAGAGGGAGGAGAGGGAGAGGAGGGAUAGGGAGCGGAGGGAGCGGAGGAAGGCGGAGGGUGGGCAGCAGGGUGAAGGUGCAGGGGCGGGAGGGAGGAGGAGGAGACGGCCGCCGCCUGGUGCUGGGGCGGUGGGUGCUGGUGCAGGGGCGAGGAGGUUUAGUAGGAAUGCGGGCGCGCAGAGGGCUGCUGGAGCUGGGCGGUGAUUAUUCUGCGUGUGGAAGGUGCCAAGCGGAGGAGAUGCGAUCUCAGCGGUGCCACUUCGACUGCGUACACUUAGGAAAUCGAAGUGUACGCCGCUCUACCGGCCUUCUCUUUCCGUGCAUGGCGCGAAAGACCAGAACUGCUUUAGGUGCGUGAGCUCGCCGAUUGAUUCCGAUGAGGCGAGGGUUGAGCCGUGGACUGGUUGUAGUCGUGGACGGUCACACUUGCGUUCGCCGAAUAUGAUUUGGGCUUCCUUUCAUGAUCGCGGCACAG